AUGAAUUCAUCGUCCGAUACCGCAGGUUUUCAGAUAAUUGGUGCUAGGAAGCAGCUUUAUGUUGUGCCACCUUGGCACACGCAUCAUACUUCUGAAGAGAGUUGCACUGUGCUUUACCUUGUUUCCUCCCCACUACCAAGCGACGUUUCUUCCGUUGUGUUUAACAUCACAACUCGCAAUCAAGGAUGGCACAGUAACCCACGAGAUGGUAUUUGGUCCUGGUUUGAGGUCUCCAUUCUGAGCUCGUGGCAGCAGAAUGCUAUGCCUAAGUUGGAUGAUUUGAUGAAGCCGACCUAUGUCCAGCCAUGCCCCGAUGAUUUUGGAGAAUAUUUGCAAGAGCAGGGACUAUACUUCAAGGAGAUACCUUCCAAAAUAGCUGCUUCAAGCUCAGGGAUUAGCAUAUCACUCUCUGAUACAAGCAUGCGUCGAAGUUGGGUGGAAAUGGUGCACAUCUAUGGGAAGGACGACAACGCAAAGGGGGGCUCGUUUCUCCCGAUCCUUGAGGAAGGCGAUCGAUUGGUGAUUUGGGCACGGACAAAGUUCGCUGGAUGGGUUAAUUACAUCGAUCAGGCUUGUAUCCUGAUAUCAACCAGCCCAAUUCCCCUGUCAUGGACUGUGAAGCAAGAUUUGCUACUUCCCUCAAACGAGGUGAAGGGACUGAUCACAGGGACCAAUAGCAUGACUAAUGUCGACCUUAUAAAGUUUCCCAUCACAAGGCGCAGUGUUCAGAGUGAUAGCACCCGCAGCCAGGCGGUUAUUAACCCUCCAGACGUGGAGGGGGAAUCAGUAAGAAGAAAACAUACCUCUUCCGACCAGACACCAAAGCGAGAUGAGCCAGACAGGUCCUCCCAGCAACAAGAUGAACAGAUCUCUCAUUUAGAAUCUGUUUUGUCACAUAUGUGUUCAGAUGAUUCUCGUAAGCCCGACGUACUUUCAAGCCUUGGUUUUGGCUACAUGUUUCGCUACAAGAGGAGUUCGAAAAAGGAAGAUAUCGAAAAAUCACUCGAUUUGCAUCGACUAGCAAUGGAACAAGAACCUGAAAAUCGGGAGUUUCGCGCACGUUUUGUGCUAGCCUUGCUCGAUCGAUAUUCCGGUUUUCAUGAUUCCGCAGAUAUCGAUCUAGCCAUCGUCGAGCUGGAAAAGACCAUCCCUCUUCCUCUGGACUUCCCUCAACGGCAAGGGUACUUGGAAAGUUUCGCGAACGCGUAUAGAUCUCGUCAUAGAGACACAGGCAAUGAGGGUGACAUACAGAGAUUGAUCCAGCUGUAUAAGGAAAUUGAAACUACCUUUCCGGACGAUUCCGUUGAAAAGGCCAUAUAUACAGGUCAGCGGAUGAAGUAUGACGAGACUGUCAGUAUCGAGGAGCGUGAUAUAGCACUGAGACAGAUGGAAGAUGCUCUGAUUCCCACUCCAGCCCAUCUUCAGCAAUAUCAGGUGUUACUCAGACUGCUUUCCAAGCAAUACUACGCACGAUGGGAGCUGACGGGCGAUAGCAAAGAUCUCGAACUGGCGAUUUCUAAGGCCAAAGACCAUGUCUCGGCUUUGCCUGAGAAUGAUGUUAGUGUGUCGUCGGCGGCGGUAUAUGAGUUUCUUGGUCACUUGCUUAGGAAGAAGGGGCUCAGAAGUGAGAAUACUGCGGAGUUGAUGGCCGCUUGCGAGCAGAUGGAAAAGGCGUUGGAUGCAGCUCCGCCCAACAGCAUUUAUCGAGAUCUGAUGGUCAUCAAGAGGGCCGAAUAUCUGGCCAUGUUGCCAUUUGAAUCCAAAAGAAGAGAAGCUUUGUUAAGGACUGCCGUCGAGAAAUGUGACUACUUACACACAACCUGGUUCAACCGCUUGAGCAAUCCCGCAAAGAGCAGUCUUCUAAUGUUCAUCAGUUGGCACUAUUAUAACUUAUACGUAUUCACCAAGCAUCCGGCCGAUCUCGAGCAAGCCCUUCAGUAUGUGGAAGGGAAAUCAGACCUGGAAAGUAUAGAAGGAGGUGUGGAUAAGACAUUACUUCGCUGGAAAGGGGAGAUGUGGCUGGUAAAGGCGAAUGAAACACGGGUCACUGACGGUACAGCAACCCGCAGGGGCAUGCAGUAUCUCCUACAAAGCUCUGCCUCGGACAGCUCUCUGCCGAGGGAGCGUGUGUUAAGCGCUGAGAGCAUCAUUCGUCGAGCGAACCGCACAGGGAGCUGGGAAUUGGCGUCAAAGGCUGCCGAUCAGAUCUUCCCUCUACUUCCCCUGAUCACCAGCCGUGAUCUGAGCAAUGAGGACAAGAUCUACACGUUGCAAGACAUCUCCACUAUUGCCAGCAAUGCGUGUGCUGCCAUUCUCAUGUUCAGGCCACCUAUGGAGGCACUUCUGAAACUGGAGGUCGGUCGAGGAAUCGUGAUGGGAGACCUGAUUAACAAUUCCAGUGACCUUUCAGGCCUUCAUCAGGCACAUCCGGACCUAGCUCAGGAAUACGAAAGGCUGCGUCUCCAAGCCUUCCACAGUCUGAAGCACGAAAAAUGGGAGACAGGACAGACCCAGCUACUAAAUGAGCGCCGGAUAGUCUUCCAGCAGCUGCAGCAGUGUGAGCGACAAAUUCGCGCGAAAGCCGGCUUCGAAGGAUUUCUCCAUCCCAUGAACAUCCGACAGAUGGUCGACUGCGCUCGAGAGGGCCCGAUUAUAGUUGUCAAUAUCACAUGCACCAGUUCCGAUGCAAUAUUUGUUCUCUCUCCAACCAUUAUCGGUCACCAUAGACUGAAUAGCAUGAUUACUCGGGCGGUGGACAAGUUUCGCGAAUAUCUUAUGAGACACGCGAUGACUGAGCUUUAUGGUGAUCCCUGGAGCUACGAAAAAGACCCCGGGGCAAGGGACCUGGACAGUGACUUACCUCGGGAGGCAUAUGACAAUAACCUCCUCUCCUGGCUGUGGUAUACCUGCGUGAAGCCAAUACUGACCUCUCUAGCCUCUGAUGGCCAUAUCUCCAGCGGAGAAGAGAAGAGCCGAGUCUGGUGGAUCGGCACUGGGGCAGCUGCUGGGCUCCCUUUCCAUGCCGCCGGAGACUAUAGCCAAAGUCAGGAAAAUAAAGGUGAGAGCUGCCUCGACCAUGUAAUCUCUUCGUACACGCCGACCAUCAAGGCCCUCCAUGCGGUGCGCGCAAAGGCGGCGGCGCAACAAGCAUCGCGCCGGGUGAAAGAGAGACCGUCGCUUCUUGUCGCAACCAUGCCGGAUACACCCGGCUAUGGUGCGCUGCACGGCGUCCGUCGCGAGGCACAGGGUAUCAGCGACGCCGUCGGCCAAUCCAUGGAGGUCAAGCAAUUGAUUAGUCCCUCUACAGACGAGGUCCUUUCUCAACUGCAGGACUGCGAUCUCGUGCACUUCGCCUGCCACGGGCACUCCGACCCUGGCAACCCGGCUAACAGCCAUCUUCUUCUACAAAAGCAUAGUGAUACUGGCAUGGUUGUUGACAAGCUUACUGUCUCCAAGCUUCUCGACACCCAGACGAUAUCGCGGGCGUGGAUCGCCUAUCUGUCCGCUUGCUCCACGGCUGAGAUCCGUGAUAGAAGGCUACUGGAUGAGGGGCUGCACAUCACCAGUGGCUUUCUAAUGGCGGGCUUCACGCACGUCAUUGGAUCCCUGUGGCCGGCUGAAGAUGAGCUCGAUACAGCUGUCUUACAAUCGGGAGUGCUCAGAAGUCGCUCAAUUAUAAGAGAGUUGUUUGCUUAUGCUAUGGUAGCAUCUAACACAUGUGACCCACAAGGUGUUGAAAAUAGGGCUUUCCGUCCGCUCAGCCGUGCUCGGUUCAUCUAUUCAACACGGCGACCGGACAUUGUGUCUCUUUUGAAGCUACUAUUGUAUAGGAGCCCCAUACUAAGCCAUAGGUUUAUAGUUACUAUGACAAGGGGUGAACUGAACUAUUGUCUGAGGAACCAACCCAAAAGAUGCCAAAUCCAUACAUACCGACUAGGCAAUUCCCUGAAAGCAUUCAACUUGCUUUUUUUCGUUUCCGCCUCUCGUUCAUCUAUACUAACUAGUAGUAAGAUUGAAAUGUCACAAAAGCGUGCGCUGCUAAUCGGUAGCCCACUGGGGCUGCAAGGUCCUAUUCACGAUGUGAACGCCAUGGAAGAGCUUCUUCAAGAAUUAGGCUUUCGCAUAAUCCGAUGUUGUGGUGAAGAGGCCACCCAAGCUGGUAUCCGAGGAGCAUGGCGUCGGCUUAUCAACGAGUGUGAGGCCAACGAUGCGGUGGUUAUAUACUAUUCUGGACAUGGGAAUUUGAUCAACGCCUCGGGAUUCGUGGGGCCUGGUCCGCCAGCAUGUUACCAGUCCCUAUGUCCGAUGGAUUAUGGCCAAGGACCGGUCGACGAUUUUCGCGGCAUUCUUGAUUUUGAAAUCACUUUUCUCGUCCGACAAACGACCCAGAAGACGGAGAAUGUCACUGUCAUCUUUGAUUGUUGCCAUUCCGCACACAUCACCCGCGCCCCGACUGUGCAAUCAGAAUCGGGCGUUCAAGCGAUAGCGAGGAGCCUUCCGCGGAUGGCCUACGAUAUCACGAGCUAUGUUCGGUCUUUGCAAGAGGGAUCCGGCCGUGUCGAAGACAGCUUCCUUGUGAGCCAGGAUAAUCCCCAUGCGGUCCGCAUCUUCGCUGCGGAGGUGGACGAAAAGGCAUUUGAAUACAGAAAAGAGGAUGGGAGCUGGACUGGAGCUAUGACGGAGGCGCUUAUUCAAGAGAUUCGGCAACUUCAGGGACGCGGCGCUUCGUGGCGAACCACCAUCGUGAAGGUGCGCCAGCAGGUUCAGCGUAGGUUCAAACAGCGGCCUCAGUCGCAUGGCCCCGAUCAGCGUCUUUUCUUCUCCACGGAUAUGACCCCGGCCAAUAUUUUGCAUCUCAAAAUCCAAGAAGGGAGGGCAAUUGUAGGAGGAGGCUCAGUUGUCGGAGUGCGUCGCGGUGACGUCUAUACGAUUCAACCUUUUGGGGAUGAGUGCAUAAAUGAUGAAAGAUGCCUUGGCACUGGGACAGUGGUAGGAUUGUCUGGCUUCCAGGCUUUGCUGAGCCUUGAUCUCUCCCCCGGGUGUUCUAUUCCACAGGAGGGAGCACUGGCCUUUACAAAAGCCGAAGAAGGCCUUUCCAAUCCGAGUGUCCUGGAACUCUACAACAGAUUUGCCGAUGGCCCCACUAUGAGGCUUACCAAUGGAACCUUUUCGCUUCGAUUCGCGGAUGCUCAUAGUAGCGAAGACGUCUCACCCCAAGCUUCAGCCAAUUGCGUCCUGUCUGAUGGCUCAAUCAUGCUCUUCACAGCAGAUGAUAUCUUGAUUGCCAAAUGCAAUUACACGACUGAAGGGAUACUAUCUACAAUGGUUGCAGCGGAACAAUUAGCCAAGGCGCAGCGACUUCUAUAUCUUCGCUGUGAGGAGUCAGAAGAGCAACUGGACCACAGGCUGCAGGUUACCCUCAGCAGGCAAGGCUCAACGGAAGGGGAGGCAGUCUCCAUUGAAGGCGUAGGCAUCCAGGAAGGUGAAUUUCUACAAAUCAAGCUAGAGAAUCUCGGUUCAGAGAGGGUUUAUGUGGCGGUAUUUGACAUUAACGUUGCUGGAAAGAUCACAUUGCUUACCAAGGCAACUCCGUGCGGGAAGCCGAUGUCAAGCAGAAUGAAGUCGACACUGGGGACUAACUGGCUGGAUCAGCGUGGUUUGGGGGUUCAUUGGCCUGCGGGGGUGGCCCGAGAGAGGCCUAUCCCUGAACAUCUGGUGGUUGUAGUGGCUGAUAAUGAGGUUGACCUUAGAGCGCUUGAGACAGCAGAGAACAUCCUCAAGCUACGCGAUGUCCAGCGCGCACCGGAGAUUCCUCAUAUUUGCUGGGAUGUACUUCACGUUGGGUUUAAGCUCUUGCCCACGUCUGCUGCUGAAUGCGUGGAUGGGGCUGCACCUGCCUGA